AUGGCUAUUCCGGCACCCUAUGUCUUCCCUCCAUCGCUGGUUUGGGAGGGAAACGACGGGGUAUGGUCUACCUUCUAUCUAUCUGUGGGAAGCAAAGGGCAGUGGAUCCGGGUUCUGCCAGACACCUACAGCCCGCAAUUACUUUUGCCCCUGCCGGAAAGUUGCGACGAAACUAGAACUAAUAUCAAUACCCUCGAAUGUGGCUCUCGAAGCGGAGUGAGCUCAGGCGAUGGCUUCGAUUACAGCGAAUCAUCGACAUGGGAUGCAAUUGGCGACUUCCUUGUAGGGGGAAGAGAAGACAUUGGGUAUACAGGGUCGUCCCUUUUCGGGUUGGACAACAUCGGCCUUGACAAUGGAACGCUCAUCAACGGAAGUGGUCUUACUGGCUUGCAACUACCAGACCACCUCGUGGCUGGUGUUACCGGUCCAGGUCCUUUCUUAGGUCUUUUUGGUCUUGGACCUGGUUCGAUUCCCACCGAUGAUAGUACUAGCUAUCCAGGCGCAAUGCAGGAUUUAAUGGACCGUAGCGAAAUUCCUAGUCGCUCGUUUGGCUAUACCGCCGGUGCGUACUACAGAGUUCCACGAAGUUUCGGGAGUCUCACACUCGGUGGCUAUGAUGCAUCGAGGAUCGAACCUUCAUCCAGUGAUGCAACCUUCCCCUUUGAUGUCGACGACUGGCAGCCCCUACAGAUUGGAAUCCAGCGCAUAACCGCGAACGCCACCCUACAAGGAGACAACAUCACGCUCCUAGAUAGCCCAAUACAAGCCCUCAUCGACUCAAGCACCCCUUACCUCUGGCUACCGGGUUCGGUCUGCGAUGCCUUCACGAACGCCUUCAACGUCACGCACAAUGUAACCACUGACCUCUACUCGGUAAACCACUGGGCAACACAGCAGCUCCUUCGAGACAUCAAACCGACAAUCACCAUCGAACUUGGCUACAGCAACGAUCCAGCGGGCACCGUCAAGAUAGAGCUGCCCUACGACGCUUUCGAUCUCCAGGCUACGUGGCCGGAUUAUCAUGAAGACCCCGUCAAUUAUUUCCCGAUCCGCCGCGCUCCCGACGAUAGCAUGCCAUAUACAUAUACGCUGGGACGAGCAUUCCUUCAAGAAGCCUAUAUUAUAGCGGACUAUGAGCAUAAGAACUUCUCGAUUCAUCAAGCACGGUUUCCAGCACCACCAGAGCGGGACAUUGUACCGAUACUUGCGGACAAAUACCUCAACAGUACAAUUGUAAACACAACGGGUACAGAUAACGGUACCGUGACCAGUACUCAGUCCCAGCAAGAGGGCCACAAAAUGUCGGCUGGAGCCAUCGCUGGCAUCGUAGUAGGAUCACUCGUCGGUGUCGCCUUACUGGUCGCUCUGUGGUGGUUCAUCCGGCAGUGGAGGCGAGGCGCGCUCCCAUAUCCUUUCCGGAAGAGAGCAGAACCCGGGGAGCACCAAGCAUCAAGAUUUAGUGGUGCAACGGUAGCGCCAACGUCCACCGCUCAACGGCCGUUUUCGGAUCAGGGAACCAUGAAGUACUGUUACCGUGGAGAAGAAGAGACGAGAUACGAGAUGGUUGAAGCUCAGAGCCCUAGGGAGAUGGCAGGCACACCAGCCCGGUACGAGGUAGACGGCCACAUGUCUGGGUUGUCGGCUGCAGAUUUGGCGCAGUUGCCCGAGCUGGUGAAUUCGGGUGCGCGUCGAUGA